GGCGCAGUUAACCGGCCGCGGCAACUUCGCGGUUGCUCGGAAAGCCUCGGAGAGAGCGGAGCAUGCGGCCGGCGGCGGGGACCCAAGCGGUCGCCAUGGCGUGCUGGAAGGUGCUGGUCCUCUCUGUCAUCUACUGUAGUUUCUGUGUGCGUACAGCUCAGCUUCGGAGCAGAGGUCUUUUCCCAGCAGCUCACAGAGUGAAGAGAGGCCUACCAGCGAUGGUGAACCCCAUCUUACAGAACUCCAUUGAGGACACUAACCUCCUCUUUGAGAUCUUGCUGGCAGGGACGCCGAUUGUGGAUGAGAGCGCCUCCUUCUGUGUGCAGGACGAGGAACUCGCCUCCAUGCGACAGACCCAGAAGCUCGCCGUCAUAUGCGAGGACGUCCUGCCCAGGAAGCUGACGGACAUCCGACGCUUGACCUCCGACCUGUCCGGGCUCCCGAGGCCCUUGCGCCGGGAGGAUUUUGAGCGCGUCGUGCUGACGAUGGUGUACGCGGCGCACAGGAUGGCCAACAGCACGGCCCACCAGAGAGACGCCUGGGCCGAAUCCUUCGUCGACUUGUACGAAAGCGUCAAGAAGGACCUCGCACCCGGGCCUUUGUGAACAGGGCGGCGGGCGGGGGCGUAGCUAGGAAUUCUGGGCCCCCUGGAAAAAUAUUGCUGUGCCCUGCUUCCCCUUUAAAUAAAAUAAAUCUGUGGGCCCUCUCCAGGUGCGGGCCCCUAGAAUCCAACCCGGACAGCGAGCCCACCGGAGGCGGCCUUUGGAAACAUCGAGAUUAUAAUGUGACCUAUUGAUUAUUGAAACUCUGUCGGACAGUAGGACGCCGACGCGAGUCCCUCCUCCCUGCGUGUCCCGGGAGGAGGUCCGUGUGAAAUUAUUGUGCCUCGACACCUCUUACUGCCGCUCUGCGCGGGACUCUUUUUAUGAAACCUAAUGGCUCUAGGAAAUCCUUAGGAUCUUAUGAAAUCUAGGUUAGAGCCGCUGCCUUUGAACCCAGAGGAUGCAGGUUCGAAUCUUUCCUCCAGCUCGAGUACC